AUGGGCAAGCUCUUCGUAUGUAUAACAAGUGCUGCCAGUGCCGUCUUCGUACUAGGCGCACUGGUCACGAUGACCAUGCUGUACCUGGACAUGAACCAGAUCUACGCCGAGCUCAUGGACGACAUGGCUGACUUCAAGUUCCACGCCAACGAUGCCUGGAGUGGCAUGCUGAACAUCGAUGGCUACGGCAGGUCAGGUCACGGUUCAAGUGGCAGUUUCCUACGUGAGUUCGGCCGAAACAAACGUGAAGCCACUUGUGGCUGUUCCCGCCGUUCCAACCGCUGCCCACCUGGCCCAGUCGGCACACCUGGCAUAGCCGGCAAACCAGGAGAUGACGGAGAAGAUGGAAAGCCAGGCAAACCUGGAGGACCUGGCAUAGCCCAGCUCGGAAACUACGCCAAGCUCGGCGGCUGCAUCAAGUGCCCACCUGGACCACCAGGACCACCAGGAUUGUUCGGCAAACCAGGCGAAGCCGGUCCACAAGGUCUACAAGGUAUUGUUGGUCAUCCCGGCUUCCCAGGCAAUCCAGGUACCAUAGGUCCACAAGGCGACCUCGGUGAGCCAGGUGAGGCCGGCAGUCCAGGUCGACCAGGCCACGAUGGUCGUGACGGUCGCAAGGUCAACAACUUCCCAGGCCCUAAGGGUCAACCAGGUCCACAAGGUGCUCCAGGCCAUCCAGGUGAGACUGGUCCAGCCCCACCACCAGGUGAGCCAGGCCCAAUCGGUGAAGACGGUGAGCCCGGAGAUCAAGGUGAUGAUGGACAAGAUGGUGCUCCUGGUGCACCUGGAGGUGAAGGUCGACCAGGCGCCGACCGUGGAUAUUGUCAAUGUCCUAAGCGGGCUGAUUCACAAAAAUCUGCCUGGAGGCGAUUCCAAUCUUGA